AAGGUUUCAAAGCUUCACGCGCACGUCUAUUAGCUGUUGGACGUACAAAUCUGUUUAUUCACGCGCCCAAAUUCAAAGAAAAUGGGAAGCGUAUCGCGAUCAUCAGUGGCACCUCGUCCACUCGUCAAAAUAGAACCUACUGAAGAACUAUCAUUCUCUGACUCAGGACACGACGAUACACCACUCUCAGGCUCACUGGUAGCUUCUAAUAUCAAAGUGGAGUCUGUGAUCGAGCCGACAUUAUAUCACCUCUAUGAGUUUGCCGAUGAAAUUACAUAUACCCCUGAACACGCACUUCAUGAAGGACUUGGGAUGGUGAAGACACUAAAAAUUGGUAUUGAAAAACUUGAACUUGGUAGUAGCAAGCUCCGUAAGGAUGUUUGGCUUCGUGAAAUAGACAGUCUCCUCAAUCAAGUUAGUCCAACUAUGAUGAUAGCUGUCUGUGGUGCAACUGGAGCUGGGAAAUCAUCAACCAUAAACGCACUGUUAGAUGUCGACGUUGUUCCCACGAGCGGCAUGAGAGCCUGUACCUCAGUGGUCACUCAGAUUUCAUAUCACACUGCACCCACAAUCAAUGCAGAUGUCUUAUUCCUUUCUGAGGCCGAAUGGAGAGAGGAGCUCAUUGCUCUACUCAAUGACAUUAAGGCCGAAGGUAACGAUCUAAAACGUACUACUGACCUACAUGGUGAUUCAGAGGUUGCAUGGUACAAGGUUCACGCUGUAUACCCAUCAAUAACUCUACCUCAACUUGUUGAUAUGACCGCUGAUCAGAUAUUGGCCUACAAUACAAAUAUUGUCCGCAUCUUGGGCACUACAAGGAAGAUAUCAGCGGACGAUUCAAGUAGCUUUGCCCAAAAAAUUGCGAGAUAUGUUGAUUCUUCUACAGGCCAGAAACGACGGGGUAAAAAGAACAAACCUCGGAAGAGUAAAAAGACCAGUGCUUCUGAUAACUUAGUCAUCAGCGCCGAGGAAAAGGAAGACCACGACACAGCUCUAUGGCCUCUGAUUCGUCAAGUGAAUAUACAGUGCAAUGCCCGGGCUCUUUCCACCGGUGCUAUCUUAGUUGAUUUACCUGGUGUCGCCGAUGUUAAUCCUGCAAGGAAUCGCAUCGCAAAGGACUACAUGAAGAAGUGCAACUGUAUCUGGAUUCUUGCACCUAUCACCCGUGCAGUGGAUGACAAGACCGCUCGAGAUCUUCUCGGUGAAGCUUUCAGAACACAGCUGAUGAGUAUCUAUGAUGCCCAUACCAUCACUUUCAUCGCUACCAAGUGUGACGAUAUAUCUUGUUCUGAGGUCAUCACUACCUUGGAUCUCAAGGACGACCCUGCGCUAGAGAAAAUCAACAAAUGCAUCAUUUCAUGCAAGAAGGAAACAUCCGAGCUCAAACUAAAAAAGGCUGACACAGAGUCACUGACCGAAGUCAUCCUCAGGCGGCUCAAACGACUCCAAGCCGUCAUACAGCAAUGCCAGGAAGGCAAGACGGCACUCGCGAACGGUACAAUGCUUAUGCCACAGUUUACUGCAACAGUACAUCAGGCGACCCAGAGCAUGGGCAAGAAGCGAAAGAAUACUCACAGCAAGGAAUCUGGGCCGGCUAAGCGUCUAAAGAGCAGCACCUUUGGACAUGACUCAGAAGAUGAUACUAGUGAUAGCGACAUGUAUGUCGAUGACACGUGUGGAGGGCAGAAAUCAGUUGAAGAGGAGCAGGAAAAGGAGGACACACAGCAUGACGACGGCAUCAAAGAUGAGCCAGAAGAGGUUACAGUCAAGGUUCUCGAAGCGAAGAUCGACGAUGCCCAGAAAUCUAUCAAAGCUGCAUGGGAAGAACUCGACGACGCACGGAAGGCACAGAUAAACAUCAAGGGUGCCCUUGAUGACCUCAUGAGGAAAGAGAUGGAAGCGCGGCGUGACAAGAGUACAUUUUGUUCUCUAAAGCGUUCGGAGUUUUCCCGCAAUGCUUUAAAGGAAGAUUUCCGUGUCGGGCUGAAACUUAAUGAUGAUGCCACUGCCGAGGAGCGAGACCCAGAGGCUUUUGAUCCAACUCAGAAUCUGCGCAAUUAUGACGAGGUUGACCUUGAAGUGUUCACUUGCUCGUCCCGUGAUUAUGUCCGGAUAACAGGACGAAUGGAACUUGACGAAGACCCAUCAUGUUUCUCCAACAUUGCCGACACCGGGGUUCCCGCUCUACAGAAAUGGUGCCACCGGUUAGCCGUUGGUAAUCAACAUCGUGCUGCGAAACAAUACCAUCUGCAAUUAAAAAUGUUUGCAAACUCGGUGCGGGUGUAUACUGAUGGUAUCAGUGAUGCGAUUGUUGCAGACAGCAAAGCCCUUCGUGAAAAAUGGGAAUCAGUAGAGGGUGGUCAGGGUCCGAUACUGUAUGAUGUGGGGAUGAAGGCUAAUCACUUUGACAUUCCAGGCCUGAAGGGAUUCAAUCCCACAAUGAACAAUAGCUCGCGCUUAAAAGUGGAUCCUUAUGGUGAACCUACAGGAAUCACACCUCGGCUAGUGAAAGAUUUUGGUGCAUGUGUCGAAAGAUGUGUCUCAGACUUGCAGGGUCUGUUCCAUGAUGGCCUUGAAGACAAGUGCCGAGUGGGUGCAGUCAAAGCUGCGCAAGGUGCAGUUCAAUGUGUCGACAAGUUUGCAGAGUCCAUGUAUUGGAAUACCUAUCGAGCCACACUUCGUCGCCACGGGUCUUGGCAUCGUGACCUCAAUGUUGAGCUUCUGACGCCAUUCACUCGGAAUAUUGCUUCUUCUUGGUCAACGAUCUUCGAGUCUGAUCUGUUCACCCCAUUAUCAUCCGCCGUCACGGAAUGCGUCAAGAAGCUGCUCGCAGAUGUAGAGGUGAGCGCAGUGGCUGAAUUAAAAGAACGCGCAUGCGCACGAAGUUCCGAUUCCCAAGAAGAGGUACACCUCACAUUAGGGAAAAUCAUCGAAGUCGUAGAAGGAGCGCUUGUACGGGAGCAGAAGGAGAUAUCUCGUUGUCUUGCUCCUCAUGUCCAAACCGAACUGGUAGACGGCUACAAUCGAGCCACCAGACAGCGAGGUAAAGGAAGUGUCGCGCGACAGAAGACUGUGUUCCGUGACUACGUUAACACACAUAGGCAUGUCGUUUUUGAUGGUGGAGCAGAGGUGCUUCUGGGUCGCUUGUCGGCUGCAGCUGAGGCCGUCGGGAAGGCUCUCAACGAGUCACUCCGGGAACUUGCUGAGAAGGUUGAAGUGUCAAUUAGUGUGCUUUGGGAAGGCAUCCCAGAUGAUCUCCGUGUGCGAUCGCAGAUUAUCCAAACAGUGUCUCAGAUGCUGGCUCAGUUGGAUAUGUGGUCACAGGCAGCAGAGAAGGUGUCUUUAGCCUCCUAGAUGGAUUAUCGUCGUCACCUCGUUUCCUCAAUUUCUUUCAGCAUUACCAUCGGCGUCUUCUAUGUAUCCUUUGCAGCACUUUAGCAGUUGUGUCGGAGCUCCAGUCAUCGUGCUUUCAACUUUGGUCUCGUACUCAUCAUACCCGAGGAGCUAUCACUGUCUACCCAUUACUUUCCAUUCAGUAAACUAUUAAAGAUGAUAAUACACAGGUAGAUGAGCUUC